AUGUCUUCUUCUCUCGAACAGCUCAAGGCCACCGGCACUGUCGUCGUCUGCGACUCUGGUGACUUCGCCACCAUCGGCAAGUACAAGCCUCAGGAUGCCACCACCAACCCCUCUUUGAUCUUGGCUGCUUCCAAGAAGCCCGAGUACGCUGCUCUCAUCGACGCCGCCGUUGCUGCCGGUAAGAAGGAGGGCAACACUAUCGACGAGCAGGUCGACGCCACCCUUGACAACCUCUUGGUUGAGUUUGGCAAGGAGAUCCUCAAGAUCAUCCCCGGCAAGGUCUCCACCGAGGUUGACGCCCGUUUCUCUUUCGACACCCAGGCCUCCAUUGACAAGGCCCUGCACAUCAUCAAGCUCUACGAGAAGAUUGGUAUCUCCAAGGACCGUGUCCUGAUCAAGAUCGCCUCCACCUGGGAGGGUAUCAAGGCGGCCCACGUCCUCCAGUCUCAGCACAAGAUCAACUGCAACCUGACCCUCAUGUUCUCCACCGUCCAGGCCAUCGCUGCUGCCGAGGCCGGUGCCUACCUCAUCUCUCCCUUCGUUGGCCGUAUCCUUGACUGGUACAAGGCUGCCCACAAGAAGGACUUCUCCCCCCAGGAGGACCCUGGUGUCAAGUCCGUUGAGAGCAUCUACAACUACUACAAGAAGCACGGCUACAACACCAUCGUCAUGGGUGCUUCCUUCCGUAACUCCGGAGAGAUCACCGAGUUGGCUGGCUGUGACUACCUGACCAUCUCUCCCAACCUCCUUGAGGAGCUCUACAACUCGACCGCCCCCGUCCCCAAGAAGCUCGACGCUGCCAACUCCGCCAACAUUGACAUCCCCAAGCGCGAGUACCUCAACGACGAGGCUCUCUUCCGCUUCGACUUCAACGAGGAAGCCAUGGCCGUCGAGAAGCUCCGUGAGGGUAUCUCCAAGUUCGCGGCUGACGCCGUCACUCUCAAGGACAUCCUCAAGCAGAAGAUCCAGGCUUAG